GGUGUCGCUGUGGUAGCCGUGGUAGCCGGUGUUUGCGCGUCGCACGGAGCCGGGCCUGGCAGGCAGGCGGGCGGGCGGGCUGUGUCGCGAUGCCCGAGCUGGCGGUGCAGAAGGUGGUGGUCCACCCGCUGGUGCUCCUCAGUGUGGUGGACCAUUUCAACCGAAUUGGCAAGGUUGGAAACCAGAAGCGUGUUGUUGGUGUGCUUUUGGGAUCAUGGCAGAAAAAAGUACUGGAUGUGUCCAACAGUUUUGCAGUCCCUUUUGAUGAAGAUGAUAAAGAUGAUUCUGUCUGGUUUUUAGACCAUGAUUAUUUGGAAAACAUGUAUGGAAUGUUUAAGAAGGUUAAUGCCAGAGAAAGAAUAGUUGGGUGGUACCACACAGGUCCUAAACUGCACAAGAAUGACAUUGCCAUCAAUGAGCUCAUGAAAAGAUACUGCCCUAACUCAGUAUUGGUCAUUAUUGACGUGAAACCAAAGGACCUGGGGCUGCCCACCGAAGCAUACAUUUCAGUGGAAGAAGUUCAUGAUGAUGGAACACCAACAUCGAAAACAUUUGAGCAUGUGACCAGUGAAAUUGGAGCAGAGGAAGCUGAGGAAGUUGGAGUGGAGCACUUGUUAAGAGAUAUCAAAGAUACAACAGUGGGGACGCUGUCCCAGCGGAUCACAAACCAAGUCCAUGGUUUGAAGGGACUGAACUCCAAGCUUCUGGAUAUCAGGAGCUACCUAGAGAAAGUAGCCACAGGCAAGCUGCCCAUCAACCAUCAGAUCAUCUACCAGCUGCAGGAUGUCUUCAACCUGCUACCUGAUGUCAGCCUGCAAGAGUUUGUCAAAGCCUUUUACCUGAAGACCAAUGACCAGAUGGUGGUGGUAUACUUGGCCUCACUGAUCCGCUCUGUGGUUGCCUUGCAUAACCUCAUCAACAACAAGAUCGCCAACCGGGAUGCCGAAAAGAAGGAGGGGCAGGAGAAAGAAGAGAGCAAGAAGGAGAGAAAAGAUGACAAAGAGAAGGAGAAAGAUAAGGAGAAGAGUGAUGUUAAGAAGGAAGAGAAAAAGGAGAAAAAGUAAAACCUUAUAAACUUAAUCAGUGUGCCACACUAGAGGGUCCUUUUCACUUUUAGUGCUUGUUAAAAAGCUGUUCUGGUGAGAACUCUUUGCCUCUGGUCACCCUUGCUGUGGCGUCACAUGGAAAUGAACAACAAAGGGACUGUUCUCGAGCCUGCACCAUAGCUUCACAUCCCCUGUGAGCUGGAUUAGCUCAGGUAUCUGAUUGUAUGAGAAGUAUUCUCCCUUUAGCCCUAAGACAUAGAGUUGAAUUUUUCCCAUCUUAAGUCUUGGGGUCUGUUUGUGGUAAUUAACAAAAUUGCUUAAUGGAAUGCAUGGAUCCCAUCACUGCCUCCCACAACCUUGAGAGCUGACCCCUCUGAGUUCUUCAGAACACCACACGACGAUUUGGACCUGUUGCUCUAGCAUUCAUAGACCCUGGGGUCCAGUUUCAUAUAUUGUUUACUUUCAAAGGAUUAAAUGGCUUGGUUUUUAA